CCCUCCCCAUCAGGUGGUACUCACCCUCAUUCCUCUGCAAGUGCACUCCUCGCUCGCCUUUCCUUGCUCUUUCGUCGCUUUCGACCUGAAGCGACAGAACUUCCGCAACCCUCAAUGCCUUCGGGGUUACAUCUCCGUGUGCUUUUCGCUCGCCUGUCCUCGCUCAUCCACCGCUCCCCACCCGAAAAUGAUGCAGCAGAUGAACUUCAGCAACCCUCCACGCCUUCGCGGGUAGAUCUACAUGCAGUCCUCGCUCGCCUGUCCUCACUUUUGCCCCGCAUUCGACUUAACGCCGACGAAGAACCCUCAUAUCACCCCACAACCCCUUCGGGUUUACGUCCAGAUGCACUCAUCGAUCGUCUGUCCUCACUCUUCCGCCUUCAACACCCCAUACCAAUGAAGAAAUUGAACUCUCGCAGUACCAAAGGCAUCCCCAUGUUGUCGAAGUGGCUGCAGUGCGGGACAGGCAGGCAUUGUAUGUUGCUCCGCGGCCGCGACCUCAUCCACACAUUCAGUCUAAUGGUACUACACCUUCACAGUCACGACCCAUCCCAUGGUGGGUUCAUGUCGUGCUUUUCCUUUGCUGUGCGUCUCCUCAGCACACCAAUGGCAACACGAAACCAACACAACAACAGCAAUAUCAACCACAAGGCCCAGCUCAGCCCCAGGCAUCAUCAUCGCAGACUCAGUCUACUGCCGCCUCGACGUCCGUGGCACCUCCUGCUCCUGCUCCUGCUCCU